UUCCGGCUUCCUUCUGCUUGUUCUGCUCUCAACGUCUUCUUGGUGUCCGCGCCUUCUUCGCUUUUCGGCUUUGAGUCUCCCGCCGCCGCUCAGGCCUCCGGACCGGGCAAGAGACGCCAACUCGGCUCUGACUCGGAGCCCCAGCCGGGCUGUGGCAACGACGCCCGGCGCCGCCGCCCCUCCGCCGCCUCAUUUGGGUGCCUUGUAGGGGCCCCCGGAUUCGUGACGUAAGGUUGCGCCCAGGCUGUUGGGUCUCCGGCACAGGCCCAGAUCUGUUGAAAAACAUUCAAGAUCAUAAAAUUUAGAUGACCAAAAUGGAUAUCCGGGGUGCUGUGGAUGCUGCCGUCCCAACCAACGUUAUUGCUGCCAAGGCUGCAGAAGUUCGUGCGAACAAAGUGAACUGGCAGUCCUACCUCCAGGGGCAGAUGAUUUCUGCUGAAGAUUGUGAAUUUAUUCAAAGAUUUGAAAUGAAGAGAACACCUGAAGAGAAGCAAGAUAUACUUCAAGCUGAAGGCAGCCAGUGUGCUAAAACGUUUAUAAAUCUGAUGACUCAUAUCUCCAAAGAACAGACAGUUCAGUACAUUCUUACUAUGGUUGAUGAUAUGCUGCAGAUAUUUAAUCCAUUUGGAGUUGAUUCUUCUGUAUGGUAUAAGGAAAAUCACCAGCGUGUAAGCAUUUUCUUCGACUAUGCAAAACGUAGCAAGAACACUGCCUGGUCCUACUUUCUGCCAAUGCUGAAUCGCCAGGAUCUCUUUACUGUUCAUAUGGCAGCAAGAAUUAUUGCCAAAUUAGCAGCAUGGGGAAAAGAACUGAUGGAAGGCAGUGACUUAAAUUACUAUUUCAACUGGAUAAAAACUCAGCUGAGUUCACAGAAACUGCGUGGUAGCGGUGUCGCUGUUGAAACAGGAACAGUCUCUUCAAGUGAUAGUUCUCAGUAUGUGCAAUGUGUUGCGGGGUGCCUUCAGCUGAUGCUCCGGGUUAAUGAGUACCGCUUUGCUUGGGUUGAAGCAGAUGGGGUAAACUGCAUAAUGGGAGUUUUGAGUAACAAGUGUGGCUUUCAACUCCAGUAUCAAAUGAUUUUCUCGAUAUGGCUUCUGGCGUUCAGUCCUCAAAUGUGUGAACACUUGAGGCGCUACAAUAUCAUUCCUGUUCUGUCUGAUAUCCUUCAAGAAUCCGUCAAAGAGAAAGUAACAAGAAUCAUCCUUGCAGCAUUUCGUAACUUUUUAGAAAAGUCAACUGAAAGAGAAACUCGCCAAGAAUAUGCUCUGGCUAUGAUUCAGUGCAAAGUACUGAAACAGCUGGAGAACUUGGAACAGCAGAAGUAUGAUGAUGAAGAUAUCAGUGAAGAUAUAAAAUUUCUUUUGGAAAAACUUGGUGAGAGUGUUCAGGAUCUUAGCUCAUUUGACGAAUAUAGUUCAGAACUUAAAUCUGGAAGGUUGGAAUGGAGUCCUGUGCACAAAUCUGAGAAAUUUUGGAGAGAGAAUGCUGUGAGAUUAAAUGAGAAGAAUUACGAGCUCUUGAAAAUCUUGACAAAACUUCUGGAGGUAUCAGAUGAUCCACAGGUUUUAGCUGUUGCUGCUCAUGAUGUUGGAGAAUAUGUGCGGCAUUAUCCACGAGGCAAACGGGUUAUUGAACAGCUCGGUGGGAAGCAGCUGGUAAUGAACCACAUGCACCAUGAAGACCAGCAGGUCCGCUACAACGCUCUGCUGGCUGUGCAGAAGCUAAUGGUGCACAACUGGGAGUAUCUUGGCAAACAGCUACAAUCUGAGCAGCCUCAAACAGCUGCUGCCCGAAGCUGAAUUCUGCUUUCAUCUUUGAAUUUCCAGCUUUCCCAUUUAACCUGUGACUGUGUACCUGGAGUGCGAAUCUCAGUAUUUAGGGUCAAGAAUAAAUACUUCUAAUUUUACUUGUAAUUUUCUUAUGUUGUGUAGCUUUUUCCAGUGCUGAUUUCAGUUAAAGUGUUUGCCCAUUAAGUUGUGUAAAAGUAGUUGUUCUCUGUAUCUAAGGAAAAUAUUACUGUUACAUAUACUGCUUGCAAUUUCUGUAUUUAUUGUUCUCUGGAAAUGAAUAUGGUUAUUAAAGGAUUGUCACUCCAAAUAUAUAA